AUGAACUCACUCUCUAUUAGUUUUUGGCCACUCUACUCUUUGCUAUCAUUAGUAGCUACUGCCAUUUCGGUCCCUGACACCGAAGUCAGCACUCUGGCGAUUUUUCAGGUGUAUACUAACAACAUUCGGUAUGAUGCUAAAGAUUUAAUGUCUAUGGAACUUCCCUGGGCUGAAAGAAAAGUUGGUGUUGUAGGUACCAUGCUUGCUGUUUCUGCUAAUAUGUCAACUGUCUUUGCUCUUCAGGAGGUGACGUAUAAUCAGCUCUUGGAUAUAAAAACCGAAAUGAAUUGGAACUCACAAUCAUGGGCCCAUAUUGGCGAAGGUCGCGAUGGUGGUGUUGCUGGAGAGUACAACCCAAUCUUGUACAAUGUCAACGAGUGGGACUUGUUAUCCAACUACACCAGAUGGCUUAGCGAAACGCCUGGUACCCCCUCGGCAUACAAGGGCAAAUGCUUCAAUCGGAUAGUCUCCAUUGGGAUUUUCAGACACAAGCUGACGGGAUCUAUAGUUAAUGUUCUCAAUACUCACUUUUGCCACAAGUAUGAAGACUCACGACAAUUUCAAGCCUAUGAGAUUUUAAAGCAUGUGGAUGCCAUUGGUCUUGGGAAUCCCACUAUUGUUGCUGGCGAUCUCAACAGCGAAAGAACCAGCGUUGCUUAUCUGAUAUUGUCUGAUGUGGUAAAGGAGCAUGGGGACCCUUUGGAACUACCCACUGUUUCCGGAUUUCAAUCAGGCGGGAAAGGUAGUACAAUCGAUUAUGUCUUUUCUAAAGGCAAUCUUGUGUCACUUCUGCAUGCAGUUUUGGAUAAUAUGUUGUAUGAUCAGUAUCGGUUCAGCGAUCACCGGCCAGUACUUGAAGUAUUUGAAUUAGCCCCCACCCUCGUGGCCAGAGCUUGUGCAGCAUGA